AGGGUGAACUGAAGAAGUGAAGCCUCCCAGCUGAACUACUAUGAGGUCAGAAGCCUUGCUGCUAUAUUUCACACUGCUACACUUCGCUGGGGCUGGUUUCCCAGAAGAUUCUGAGCCGAUCAGUAUUUCGCAUGGCAACUAUACAAGACAGUAUCCAGUGUUCGUGGGUCACAAACCAGGGCGGAACACCACGCAGAGGCACCGGCUGGACAUCCAGCUAGUCAUGGUCAUGAACAGGACCCUCUAUGUUGCUGCUAGGGACCAUAUUUAUACUGUUGAUAUGGACACAUCACAUACAGAAGAAAUUUAUUUUAGCAAAAAAUUGACAUGGAAAUCUAGACAAGCUGAUGUAGACACAUGCAGAAUGAAGGGAAAACAUAAGGAUGAAUGUCAUAAUUUUAUUAAGGUUCUCCUAAAAAGAAAUGAGGAUACAUUGUUUAUCUGUGGAACAAAUGCGUUCAACCCUUCUUGCAGGAACUACAAGAUGGAUACCCUGGAGUUCCUGGGAGACGAAUUCAGUGGAAUGGCCAGGUGCCCCUAUGACGCAAAGCAUGCCAACGUUGCAUUGUUCGCAGAGGGAAAGCUGUAUUCUGCCACAGUGACCGACUUCCUUGCAAUAGAUGCAGUUAUAUACCGGAGCCUUGGAGACAGCCCAACUCUGCGGACAGUUAAACAUGACUCGAAGUGGUUGAAAGAGCCAUACUUUGUCCAAGCAGUGGACUAUGGCAAUUACAUUUACUUCUUCUUCCGGGAAAUAGCAGUGGAGUACAACAGCAUGGGAAAGGUAGUUUUCCCAAGGGUGGCUCAGGUUUGCAAAAAUGACAUGGGAGGAUCUCAGAGAGUGCUGGAAAAACAGUGGACUUCCUUUCUCAAGGCUCGUUUGAACUGCUCAGUUCCUGGCGAUUCACACUUCUACUUUAACAUACUACAGGCAGUUACAGAUGUUAUCCAUUUCAAUGGCCGGGAUGUUGUUUUAGCAACCUUCUCCACUCCGUAUAACAGCAUCCCUGGCUCUGCAGUCUGUGCCUAUGACAUGCUUGACAUUGCCAAUGUAUUUACUGGGAGAUUCAAAGAACAAAAGUCUCCAGAUUCCACAUGGACACCAGUUCCUGAUGAACGAGUGCCCAAGCCCAGGCCCGGUUGCUGUGCUGGCUCUACAUCAUUAGAAAAAUAUGUAACCUCUAACGAGUUCCCGGAUGAUACCCUGAACUUCAUCAAAACACAUCCACUGAUGGACGAGGCUGUACCUUCCAUUGUCAAUCGACCCUGGUUCCUGAGAACAAUGGUCAGAUACCGCCUGACCAAAAUUGCCGUGGACUCUGCUGCUGGGCCGUAUCAGAACUACACCGUGGUUUUCUUGGGAUCAGAGAAGGGAAUCAUCCUGAAGUUCUUGGCACGGACAGGAAACAGUGGUUUCCUAAAUGAUAGCCUUUUCCUGGAGGAGAUGAACAUUUACAAUCCUGAAAAGUGCAGCUAUGACGGUGUUGAGGAGAAGCGGAUAGUGGGCAUGCAGCUUGACAAGCCCAGCAGCGCCCUGUACGUUGCCUUCUCCACCUGUGUCAUCAAGGUUCCCCUGGGACGUUGCGAGCGUCACGGCAAAUGCAAAAAGGCCUGCAUAGCAUCCAGAGACCCCUACUGCGGAUGGGUGAAGGAGAGCGGGGCGUGCAUGCAGCUGGUGCUUAGCUCCAGACUGACAUUUGAACAGGACAUAGAACAUGGCAAUACAGAUGGCCUGGGUGACUGCCAAAAUUCCUUCGUAGCCCUGAAUGUCCCAAGCACCACCACUUCUGACUCUCGCGCUCGACAGGGUUAUGAUGCUAGGGGACGCAUGCUGGAUUGGAAGGAUCCGCUUGGUUCAUCUGAAAAUACAGAUCCAUAUGUGGCAGUUUCAUCCCAUAAUCAUCAAGACAAGAAGGGAGUGAUUCGUGAGAGCUACUUGAAGGGUCAUGAUCAACUGGUGCCAGUCACCCUGUUGGCCAUUGCUGUUAUUCUGGCUUUCGUCAUGGGGGCCGUCUUUUCGGGAAUCAUAGUGUACUGCAUCUGUGACCAUCGCCGCAGAGACGUGGCUGUUGUGCAGAGGAAGGAGAAAGAGCUGACCCACUCCCGCCGCGGCUCCAUGAACAGUGUUACCAAGCUCAGUGGCCUCUUUGGGGAUGCUCAGUCCAAGGAGCCAAAGCCUGAAGCUAUCCUCACACCUCUGAUGCACAAUGGUAAGCUGGCUACACCAGGCAGCACUGCCAAGAUGCUCAUCAAAGCUGACCAGCACCAUCUGGACCUGGCUGCCCUGCCAACCCCAGAGUCCACUCCAACACUGCAGCAGAAGAGAAAGCCCAGCCGUGGCAGCAGGGAAUGGGAGAGAAACCAGAACCUCAUCAAUGCCUGCACAAAAGAUAUCCCCCCGAUGGCCUCACCCGUGAUCCCAACCGACCUGCCGCUCAGGGCUUCUCCUAGCCACAUUCCCAGUGUUGUGGUCCUGCCCAUAGCCCAGCAAGGCUACCAGCAUGAGUACGUUGACCAGCCGAAAAUGAGCGAUGGGGCCCAGAUGUCUGUGGAGGACCAGAAUGCCACCCUUGAGUACAAAACUAUCAAGGACCAUCUCAGUAGCAAAAGCCCCAGCCACGGGGUUAACCUGGUGGAAAAUCUCGACAGCAUGCCCCCAAAAGUACCCCAGCGGGAAGCUUCCCUCGGGCCCCCGAGCGCCUUGCUGUCGCAGAGUGGCCUGAACAAGCGGCUGGAGAUGCACUCUUCUGCUUACAGCGUGGACUACAAGAGAAGCUACCCUACAAACUCACUCACGAGAAGUCACCAGACAUCAACCCUCAAAAGAAACAACACUAACUCCUCUAACUCGUCCCACCUCUCACCAAAUCCGGGCCCCGCUGCCCAGGCACAGGCUGUGACUGUAUCUCGGCAGCCGAGUCUCACCACCUACAACUCGCUGACGAGGUCGGGGCUGAAACGCACGCCCUCGCUAAAGCCAGACGUACCUCCCAAACCUUCCUUUGCUCCGCUCUCUACGUCCAUGAAGCCCAACGACGCAUGUACAUAA